UCCAUUGGUACGGUCGAUUAAAUGCGGCUCCAUUUGGUAUUGAACCGACGUUGUCUCAAAACUCCUUCACUCCAGCAAGAGAAAAGCGGUAGAGAAAUCGCUAUCUGUUUCUGUAUCAAAGCGGUUUACAGUUUUUAUUCAGUACCUCUCCCAAUAUGCUUUUUAGUCCAUCCUCGUUGACCGAAUGUUUGAAGGAAUGGGAAGAUCUCGAAAAGGACUAUCAACAAGUUCAGGAAACCCAUCGCCUUUACAAACAAAAGCUGGAGGAGGUUUCCAAAUUACAGAAUAGCUGUUCCACUUCUAUUUCACGACAGAGGAAAAAGCUCAAAGAGCUUUCAGCUUCACUUGAAGAAUGCAAACAGAAAGGGUGCCCAGAGUACAGAAGCACACUAGAUGGGAUCCAAGAAUCAAUGAAAGAACGACCAAAUGUAUUUUUUGAGAUGGAGGCUUUCCUUCCAAAGAAAAACGGGUUAUACCUCAGUCUUGUACUUGGAAAUGUGAAUGUUACCCUCCUUAACAAACAGGCCAAAUUUGCCUAUAAAGAUGAAUAUGAGAAGUUCAAGCUCUACCUGACUGUCAUACUGCUGCUUUUCUCCUUUACGUGCCGAUUUGUGGUCAGCUACAGAGUGCUUGAUGCACUUCUUAACUUUCUGUUGGUAUGGUACUACUGCACCUUGACGAUAAGAGAGAGUAUACUCAUUAAUAAUGGCACAAAGAUUAAGGGCUGGUGGGUAUUUCAACAUUAUGUUUCAACUUUCCUCUCAGGAGUAAUGCUAACUUGGCCUGAAGGAGAACUCUACCAAAUGUUUAGGAACCAGUUCCUGUCUUACUCUAUGUAUAUAAAUUUUGUCCAGUUUCUUCAGUACUACUACCAGAGUGGCUGUCUGUACCGGCUUCGUGCCCUAGGAGAGAGACACAAUAUGGACCUGACAGUUGAGGGAUUUCAGUCCUGGAUGUGGAGAGGACUAACAUUUCUGUUGCCUUUCCUUUUCUUUGGCCAUUUUUGGCAACUCUACAAUGGAAUCACACUUUUCCAAAUGGCUCAACUGCCUGAAUGGAAAGAGUGGCAGGUCCUUAUGUGUGGCUCCACCUUCCUUGUGCUUUUUAUAGGAAACUUUUUUACCACACUGGGUGUAGUUUACCAAAAAUACACAAAUCAGGACAAAGGAAAAGAUUUAUGAAUGAAUGCUAAAUACUCCCAAAAAUUUUAUACAAAUGUUUCAUGCCAUUACUUGUAUACAUAUAUUAUUGCCUAAAGUUAAAUCUUUAGUGGUACUUUACUGAAAUUCUAAUGUGUUUUACAAAUUUACAUUUAAAGUUUGCAUAACUGGAGGUGAAUGUUAAGGCAACACUUUAUUGCUCCUCUUGGUUCAAUCUGGAGCAUCAGUUGCUAUGUGUGCGUACUUCAGCCCAUACCAGCAGUGGUUUAUUCCAGUUUCUUUCCACCUGGUUAGUGGAUUGGCUGCGGUAAUUUCUCCUGUGUUGAAAUAAGUUUGACAAUGUUUGUAGUGUGUUUGUAUAUAGUGCACAGUCAUCCCAUCCAGGGUGUAUUCCUCAGGCUCAGGACCCACUGUGACACUGACUGGGACAGAUCAUUUAAUAGUUAAAUGAAAUAUAAACAAAUUAACCCAAAAUAAAUUAACUCAAUGCAGCUUCUUA